CCGCCGCAGUGCAUAAUGGGAAGCGGAGCGGCUAACGAGGCCGUCGGCCAUUUUGUGUCUGUUUCCUGUGGGACGCGGUGGUUGCCGUUGGGUCGGAAAAGUGAGCGAUUUUCGUCUCCUUUUUCCUGCUUGUUUUUCUCCUCCCUUUUACUUUGUCAGUAGAGCGUGGUUAUGGGUCGCAAGAAGAAGAAGCAGCUGAAGCCUUGGUGCUGGUAUUGUAAUAGAGAUUUUGAUGACGAGAAGAUCCUUAUACAGCACCAAAAAGCAAAGCAUUUUAAAUGCCAUAUAUGUCACAAGAAGUUGUACACAGGACCUGGCUUAGCUAUUCAUUGCAUGCAGGUACAUAAAGAGACAAUAGAUGCUGUACCAAAUGCAAUACCUGGGAGAACAGAUAUAGAAUUGGAAAUAUAUGGUAUGGAAGGUAUUCCAGAAAAAGACAUGGAUGAAAGACGACGACUUCUUGAACAGAAAACGCAAGCAGAGAGUCAAAAAAAGAAGCAACAAGAUGAUUCUGAUGAAUAUGAUGAUGAUGACUCUGCAGCAUCAACUUCAUUUCAACCACAGCCUGUUCAACCUCAGCAAGGUUAUAUCCCUCCAAUGGCACAGCCAGGUCUGCCACCGGUCCCAGGAGCACCAGGAAUGCCUCCAGGCAUACCUCCAUUAAUGCCAGGUGUUCCUCCACUGAUGCCAGGAAUGCCACCAGUUAUGCCAGGCAUGCCACCUGGAUUGCAUCAUCAGAGAAAAUACACCCAGUCAUUUUGCGGUGAAAACAUAAUGAUGCCAAUGGGUGGAAUGAUGCCACCUGGACCAGGAAUACCACCUCUGAUGCCUGGUAUGCCACCAGGUAUGCCUCCACCUGUUCCACGUCCUGGAAUUCCUCCAAUGACUCAAGCACAGGCUGUUUCAGCGCCAGGUAUUCUCAAUAGACCACCUGCACCAGCAGCAACAGUUCCUGCUCCACAGCCUCCAGUUACUAAGCCUCUUUUCCCCAGUGCCGGACAGAUGGGGACACCUGUAACAAGCUCAAGUACAGCUUCCUCCAAUUCAGAAAGUCUGUCUGCAUCUUCUAAAGCUCUGUUUCCUAGCACAGCACAAGCUCAGGCAGCUGUCCAAGGACCUGUUGGUACAGAUUUCAAGCCUUUAAAUAGUACCCCUGCAACAACUACGGAACCCCCAAAGCCUACAUUCCCUGCUUAUACUCAGUCUACAGCUUCAACCACUAGUACAACAAAUAGCACUGCAGCUAAACCAGUGGCUUCAAUAACAAGUAAGCCUGCUACACUUACAACAACCAGUGCAACCAGUAAGUUGAUCCAUCCAGAUGAGGAUAUAUCACUGGAAGAGAGAAGGGCACAGUUACCUAAAUAUCAGCGUAAUCUUCCUCGACCAGGACAGGCUCCCAUUGGUAAUCCACCCGUAGGACCAAUUGGAGGUAUGAUGCCACCACAGCCAGGCAUCCCACAGCAACAAGGAAUGAGACCCCCAAUGCCUCCUCAUGGUCAAUAUGGCGGUCAUCAUCAAGGCAUGCCAGGUUACCUUCCUGGCGCUAUGCCGCCAUAUGGGCAGGGACCGCCAAUGGUGCCCCCAUACCAAGGUGGGCCUCCUCGACCUCCAAUGGGAAUGAGACCUCCUGUAAUGUCGCAAGGUGGCCGUUACUGAUCUUACUUCAUCCAAUCUAAUAGGUUUGGAGAUUAAACCUUUUCUCAACUUGUGCUGUUUAUAUAGCCAAGCUUCCGUCAAUUAAGGCUUCAUUGUGACUUUAACAAACAUUAUCUUCCCACAUACCAGGAACUAUUGGACAUUUAUUUUACAUGGGAAAAAUUAUUUGGAAUAAUAAAGCAGGAACUUUUCCUGAAGUUGCAAUUUAUACUGUAUGGCUUCUUUUUCAUGUUUCAUCUAGGUUUUUAGAAGUGAAGUAUAGUAAAUUUGGUUCGUUAAAUUGUGAAGGCGCUGGAAUUUCAUGAACAUACCAUCUUAAUAAAGGCAAGUUCUGUAAGCUUACAUUGUUAUUUGUAAAGUUAUGCCUUCACAGCAUUUCAGAUGCUGUUGGACUUUAUGUCCCCAACCUAGCUUGGUGAGGGCUGUAACUGUUUCCAAGUACCUGUACAUUGGAAGUUUGAAUGUGUAACGAUAUUUAAUGUAUUUAGAGUUCCUCAUGUUGCAGGGUUUAAGAAAUCUGACCCACCAAGGUCAUGUCACUUUUCUGUACUGUUAAACUUCAUUGUAAUAAAAUGAGAGAAAACUUUAUGCCUUUUUAUUCAUAAUCCAGCUGUGGACCACUGCCUGAAAGGUUUGUACAGAUGCAUGCCACAGUAGAUGUCCACGUAAUAAAAUUCAUAGUUAUCAGUGCAGUUUUGGUAUAUCAUUGGAUUUUGUCUUUGAAUUGUAGGUUGUUCCUUAGCUGCAUGUUGUAAACUGGAGAGUAUACAUAAAUGUAUGUUGAUACUUCAGUUGACAGAAAAACUUUAGAUACAUAUGAGUCAUUAUGGGCAUUAAAUCUUUAUAUUCUGUUUCCUUUCCACCCCCUCUGGUGUCAGUACAUAUCAGAUAUCAUUUAAAAUGUAAACUUCAGUACUCUUUCCUUCCUGCUAAUGAUGUUUAGAGUCUAGUGCCAGACCUGUCCAUUUCGUUCUGAUUAUUUUUGAGACUGCAGUACUGCGUGGACCUCAGAAGCUUUUCAGGUGCAAACUUCUAGAAGCUUAGGUGCAUGCAGUAGUAGUUUGUGCUAUUAAUGAGUUGGUGUAUAUUAUUCUAAGUGUAGUGCUGAAAAUCUAAAUGUGCCUGUGUUAGGGUGUUAACAGAUGAAUUAACUUUUCAAUUUUAUUAUAUUCCUGGAAGAUUUUAUUAUUUAUUUGAUUAUGAUUAGGUAGAUAACCUUUUGUUAUUAUUAAGCCUCAACUGCUUUACUGUUAAACUUUUCAUUCAUGGAAAUUUGAAUGUUACUGUGUUCCUAUAGGGAACUUUUCUGUAGAGGUGACAGCUAUUCAGUAUUUUGUGUUGCAAGUGUCUUUUAAUAAUAGCUCUUGUUGAAUUUUUUGGCAUCUUUUUUUUUUUUUCCUGGUCUUUCAUUAUUAAGUAUCAGAUAACCUAUACAAAGUAUAAUUAUUAAUAUUCUUGAUAUAAAGUUGACUUCUAAGAAAUGGUAACAUUUAUUUGUGACCUUUAUGUGAAAGUGUAGAUACAAGACAUGAAACCUGAAGUUUUGUUUUAAAAAAAAAAAAAGCUUUGAACUUGUUGAAAAAUAUACUUAACAAUAUUUCUAAUAAUCACAAAAGUCCAUACUUAAGUGACAAGUAAAAGUCAUUCAUUUAAACAAGAUAUUGUGAAUAUUAUAAAGUUGAAUGCUGUUUUAAAUCGAAUAUGUUGCUCCAGGGUUUUUAUAGCUCCUGUGCUGUGGUGCCAUUGAGGUGUACAAAGUUCCAUAGCUUGGAAAGGAAGCAUCUAGUAUCAGCUAGAAUGCAUUUUUUUUGCUAGCAGCCAACCCUCAAACCCCUUCCCACACUGAAUACGUGCCUACCUAAAUUGUUUUGGAACUAACAUACAGUUAAGGUUUGGCAGCACAUUUGUCCUGCCAAAGAAGAACUUCUGUUUAAAAUAUCUAAGGUAAAAAUGCUGUGAUUAAAUUUAGCAUGAUAGGAAAUGCUCUCCCAAACCCAAAUGUCUCAAGCAUUUCCUAUAUAGGCUUGCCACCAACUUGAAAAAGAGUUAGUAUAUCUAUUUCCAAAAUUAUGCAAAGCUAUUAUUUGCAUUUUAUGCAAAGAGGGCUGAUAUUUUAUAGCAAAGUUUGUUGCUUUCUGAGAUCUGAAGGGAGAAACUAUUACUCUUAAAAAUAGAUGUUAGAAUUCUAAUUAAAAGUUAAUUUAAAAUAAUUCAGAGUGUUAUGCAUGGCACUUAAAAAAUUUAAAUACACCAUUUGCUGUGUAUUGUUGCUAUAUGGCUCAGAGGUGGUGCCCAUUUGAUGUAUCUAAAUGUAAUUUGCGCAUGCAUCACAGUGUAGUUAAGCUUCUAGAAAAUACCUUCUACCUAACUGCUUCUGGGGUCCAUAGUGUGCUUAAAUUGUGAGUGGAACAAAUUACAAUGAAAUAAUUAACUCUUUGAGUUAUGCUUCUGUAAGUAAAAAUGAAGAUGAGUUGAAGUAAACUUAAACUGCCCUCACAGAAGACAAGUUCUGGGAAUUGAUACAUUCAGGCAGGCAGUGUAAUUGCUGUAAUAAAGGAAGUUGUAAUAUUAAUUGGACUGUCAGCUUUGGCUCUACAUGCCAUCUACUCCUCCUUAUAUAUCAUCACUCUUUUUAGAAAAACAAAAGCAACCUAAACAUUUUGUCUGGCACUAGCUUCUAUUGUAUCGAUUUCACUGCUGUAUGACAGUACCAAGACCAGCAGGUGAGGAUCAACUUUUGAGUGGCUGCUGGAUUUAUCAUUUGACUUGAACACCUAAUGCUGUAGUAAUUUUUCACACAUUUGCCUCAGGAUGUGGGAAACCACUCUUAGGUGUACUCCUGUUCCAUUGAUUAAGUUACAAAUUGAACUCAAAACUCAGCUUAAUAUUAAACUUAGUUAUUUGGGGAGAAAUCCCCAACAAAAAGAGUAUAGGCUCAGAAUGGAAUUAUAGUGGACAGUAGUAAGAAAAAAAAGCUAUUCUUUUUCCUUAAUUGCUUGGUCACUGGGAUUUUUUUUUUAAUGCAUGUCUUUUAAAUUAAUUGGGUGAUGUUUUUCUAAAAUUAAAAUUUUCUUCUUCCUAUAGCCCUGCCAUAGGACAGGCUGAGGCUGAGUCUCAGUGUUGCCCUGUUCAGUCUGAGGCAAGUGGGAUUUAUUUUAUUCCUUAUGGGGGCUUUCACAGCUUUAUGGCUGUUGGAUAUUUAUGUCCCCAAACUUGCAGCAAGUUUGGUGAAGGCCCCUAAAUUUAAUUAAAUUUAGGAUUUUUAUAAUUUUUUGGCAGAGAUGGCUCUAUAUUAAUAUUCACGUUUGACUGUGGUGUUAAGAAAAAUGAGUAUUUGGUAUGUGCUAUUUUACAUAAUUUACUUUGUAUUAUAUACUAUUUAACAGCCUCAGUAAAGCUUACGUUACUAUAUUGAACUUUAGCAAAUUAACAAAAUUUGACAUUCCUGAUUUGGAGGCAUGAAACACUUCAUUCAAAUUUUCUGCUUUCCCUUUUAGGAAAAUAUUACUGGUUAUUUUCUCCUCAAACUACUAAAUUUAAUCUCAAGGAUAAAUUUAAGCAUUGGAAUUACCACUAGAUACUGAAAUCUACUUUCUGAAUCCUAAACUUAUGCAUUGAACAUUAAGGUCGAAAGGUCAUCUGGAAGUGCUUGUGAUUUUUAAUAUUUUCAGACCUCACCACAUUAGAGCAAAUGUUAAUGUAGAGCCCUGUGAAGAGUGGGAAGGUGGGGUGGGUGUGUUUGUGUGUGUUGUGUAUGUAUGGGCGUAGGCUACACAUGCAAUUUAAUAAAAGAAUAACAAGAGUGUGGGUAUUAUAAAUCUGUCAGUAUAGGUAGAUUACUAGUUUUCAGUAAGCCAAACAAGUUGCAUCAUGCAGUAAAAUUACUAGUAUGUUAAAUAUGGCUUUAGAGUGGUUCUUUUUUAAGGUUCAUUUUUAGCCUUCCUGAACAACAAUUUAUGUAGUAUGCACACACAAAAAGUGUCCACUUUUAUUCCCAACUAAAAUUUGCUUUCAUUUGGUGAGAAAAAUUGUAUGUAUGUGUGUUUGCUGGAGGAGGUAAAGAGGGAAUUGGAAGACAGGCCAAAACAAACCUCGAUUGCUUUUGUUCUUCUUGACGAUUCUAUCCAGAUAGCAUUUUUCUCUGAAGAAACUACAAAUAGUACAGUGACUAGCAAACCCAGGAUUGUGUUUCUGUGUGGUUUUCAUUGUUGGAAGCAUAAAGAAAGAAUAAGUGUUAAGAGAAUCUAAAAUUUUGACCAGUUUAAUUAAAACAUUUGCUUUUAACUGUUGUAACUGAAUAAGCUAUCAUGAAAAAAUAUUUUGAUAAAAAUUUUGAUGCUUCCACAACAAAGUAUUCCGUUGGAAUAUUUUAUAACCAUCUCAGUAAUUACACUUCAUAAGACUUCUUGAUUGGAGAUCUCUUCUCUCUCACACUCACAACUUCCCAGUACAUUGAAAUCUCUUGAAGCUGCUUGUCCUAAUAUAAUUGAAAUAAUUAUAAUCGAAAUAGGUUCUUAUUUAUCUCAGUACUGGGGGUGGGAGUAGGAUUUCUAUGGGUGGCAUAAUUUGUUGGAGGUGAUACGGAUAUCUGAUUUAAGAUGUAGUUCAUUUGUUGUCUUUGUAGUUCUGUGACUCAGAUAAGAGUUUGAGAAUUAUGUAAGUUUCAAAUGUCCAUAAAGUCCACUGGUAAAACUGGGUAAAUGAAAGAAAAUACUGAAAUCCCUUCUUACUGAGCUAACAUUUCGUCUAAGCAUAAACUUUUGUGUUGGUUAGGGGAUAGAGAAAUACUAAACACAUGCCCUAAAAUUUUAUAUUAAGCAGGUAUGUCUUUUUAAAAAAACAGCAUUUACCUAAUACUGAAUAACCUUUAUAGCUUAUUCCAAAAUGAAAUUGGUUUUCUCUUACUAUAACUUUUAUGGAAAUGUCAUCUGAAAGUGGAAUUUCAUUUAUCACACUACUGACUAUUGAGGACAGAGUUUAGCUAUCACAUGACUUGACUAUUAGGGAAGGUUACUCCCUUUUUUUUUUAAUUUCUUUCUCUGUAUUUUGCUUUCUAUGGUAAUUUUAAUAGGAAACUUUUGUGUUUCAUAGCAUAGAAAUCAUCUGACUUUUUGUGUGAUACUUCUUGGCAAAAUAAUAAGCACUUAUUUUAAUGAUGGUUGUAUUAGUGUCAUGAAUAUCGUGGAUAUUCAUAAUUUUGUAAUGCUAAAUUCUCAGAACUAUACUGAUAAUAUAGUAAGCUCUUAGGUAUCUCUUUUUAUGAACUAAUUCAAAUUAAUGCAUAGAAAUGGAGAGAGCAGGACUUCGGUUUGAGCUCUGUAAUACUUUAAAUAUCACCAGCUUUUCCAAGUGUUUAAGACCUAAAAAAACGUAUCUUUUUUCAUGUCCUUAGUUAUUGGAAAAUAGAUGGUUCAACAGUAACAUUUUAAAAGAAAUUUCUUCAGUAAGGCUCAGAAGAGAGUUGUUGCUUUUAUAAGUACUUUGUCCUGCUCUGCACUUUAUACAUUCUUGAGUAACAUUUAGGCCUUGAAAAGUUUUGUUUUCUUGCCAAUCCUGGAAAAAUAUUUACUCUAAAUUAGUUAGGAAUUUUUGAACCUUUUUUUUAACCUGUUCAUCUGAUAUCGCCUCAGGGGAAAAUAUUUUAUUUUACUAAGCAGAAUGUAAAAAGUCAGUUGAAGGCAGAAACUGAGACCUAAAGGAGGCCUUUAUUGAAGUUAAUUAGAACUCUUUUCUACUUGAAGCAAAUCGAACUCUAGUGUUAUAAAUCAUUAAAUGGAAACUUUCAUGGUUAGGCUUUUUUAGGAGGCGUAAUCACCAGCUAUAUUAUGAGAAUUUGUUUGUGUAUGUUUUGAUUUUGAUCAAAUUAAACUAUGAAAGAUUCAUGUGUGUAAACUAUUCUAACAGUUGAUUGAUUAAUUUGGACCCUACCCAUUAAUCCUAAAUAUUGUAAUGGUGUUGUAAGGUUGUGAUACGGCACAGCUUCAGUAAUGCAAAGUGUUUUUGGUCAGUGGUUUGUGUAACGCUGUGUUUGUAAAAAGGUGGAAGUCCUUUAUUGGUAUUCUCUAAGUCCGCUGCCAUUGUUUACGAUGUUUGGAGUUUUACCAUUAUGGUUACAGAAUCCUCAAAGUUACCUGCCUUCACCUUUGGUUAAAUUUAAGGAGAAUUUUGAGGAACUGGCAAUGAAGUUCAUUGAUGCCCAACUUGGAUAAAAAUGAAGACACACAGACCUUGAGUAUUUGGGAGAAGAGGUCAUCGUAUAGUAUGUUAGACUUGAGAACCAGAAAUGUAAUGAGAGAUAAUAGCAUUCCUGCUCUUGAUUUGCAUUUGUUACUGAGGUGUCACUAAAACAUUUCAUGUAGCUGUUUCUUAACAUUUUACUCAUAAAUAGUUCAACAAUUUAUUACUCAGAUCAAAAAAUAAGAUUUGCCACAUCAUUUCCCAGUCGCUACUACUAGUAAAAUGAGGCUGCUUAACUACCCACGUGGACCAAGGGACGAGUUAUUUUAUUAGUCAAAAUUAUGAAGUUCCUGUAAGUUUGAGUUAAAAUAUGUGAUGUACCUAGUUAUUGAGCAAAAAGCUCCUGUUUGAGCUUUUAGUUAGUAUAGUCUAAGGAGAAGCAAUAGAAUUUGCUUUUCAGCCCAUGUUUUUAAAAUUGAAAAUCUCUAAUAUAAGAAAAUGAAAUCAAGUUUUUUGAAAAUUGAAUUAAAAGCUAUUAUAGAUGGCUUGCCCUGUCGGGUACGUCUGCGUAUGCUUAAAUUGAGAGAUUAUCAUGUUUAAGAGAUUAUUUUUUUGCUUUCCCCUAUUCGUUACCCCAUUUUUUAGAGUAAACCAAAGUUUAUGUCACCGUUCACAUGCUGGAAUACAUAGUUAAUUAAAAUUGAGACAUCCGAGAGAUACUUAGUGUUCUCAUAAGGUCACUAUAAAUUUAAUAACUAAUGUAAGGUAACCUUGUAAGACUUAGGGAAAAAAGUUUUAAAUGUAUUAAUAUCAGGCUCUGAGGAAAUUUAAUGCACAUUGACUUUUUAAACUAUGGGUUGAACUCCUCAGUUUAAUACAAUUUGUGUUUUUGUUAACUAGCAGCAGAAUUUCAGCAUUUGCUACUUACUGGUAGAGAAGAAAAAUCCCACAGCCCUGCCAGUACAGGUUAGUUUAAUCUGUAAGUACCUGAUGUUCCUAUUUUUUUCAAACAUAUCCAUAUAACCCACACAAAGAAGAAAGCUAUGCAGUUACUUAAAUGUGAGUAUAACUAAUAAUAGACCCAUUGGACACUUACAAACACUCAGCAUUUGGGCCAAAGCAGCUCUAGGUUUGCUAAAACUCAGUUGUAAUAAAGGUGUAAUACUGCUCCUUUAUUUUUUUAUCUCGUGGUUGAACCAAAAUAGCUAUGUUGUACAUAAAAGGAAACGACAGCAAAAUUUUUGAUUGACCGUGCCCAUGUUGGUAUAUAAUAUGGAGUCCCCCAGGGCUUUGGGUCUGUCUUUUACUUAAACCACUCCAUGGUGGUUCUCGUUAUUCACCUUUUAACUUUUCACAGUAUGAAUCAACCUCAGAAAAA